CGCGGGCAAGAUGGCGGCGGCGGCGGGCCUGGCGAGGGUCCCGGAUGUGGACAUCGACUGCGAUGGCGUCUUCAAGUACGUGCUGAUCCGGGUGAGGGAGGCGGCGGCGGCUGAGGGCGAACGGUCGCCCGGCAAGGACGUGGUGCGGGGCUACGGCUGGGCCGACUACCACGCCGACGUGUACGACAAGGUGUCGGGAGAGCUCCGGAAGCAAGGCUACGAGUGCGAGUGUCUGGGCGGCGGCCGGAUUUCCCAUCAGAGCCGGGACAAGAAGAUCCACGUCUACGGCUACUCCGUGGGCUUCGGGCGCGCCCAGCACUCCGUCGCUACCGAGAAGAUCAAAGCCAAAUACCCGGACUACGAAGUCACCUGGGCCGACGAUGGCUACUGAGGGGCCCCCCCACCCCCCCUCACCGGUUGGGAAGCCCGGGAAUUCUCCGCUCGCCCCUCGGGGCGGGUUCGUUUGGGGGUCCGGUUGAAGACCGGGGCUUCGGAGCGACCCUCCAGGGGCAGAAAGCCCCGUCCUCUUCCUCCAGCCCGGGAAUUUCUAUAGGGAUGGGGCAAGGGGAGGGGAGAGACGGGUCUCCCAGGGUACCGGCGGCGGCGGCCAGAGCGACCCCCCAAAAUAAUCCGUCGUGGGGAGAACGGAGGACUCCGGCGGCACCGAUCGGAGGCGGGGGAGGCGUUCGCAGAUCCCUACGGAGCGUUGUAAAUAAAUAAAAACUCCAGAAUCCCG